AUGCGGCCUCUAGUCUUGCUGUGGAGCUGCCUGGUGCUCCCAGGUUAUGAAGCCCUGAAAGGCCCAAAGGAGAUCAGUGGAUUUGAAGGUGACAGCGUGUCCCUGCAGUGCACCUAUGAGAAGAGGGUGAGAGGACACAGGAAGUACUGGUGCCGAGAGGGUGGCCUCGUGCUGUCCCGCUGCUCUGACAUUGUCUACUCAAGUCAGAACCAGGACGUGGCACGGGGCAGGAUGUCCAUCCGAGACAGCCCCCGAGAGCUCUCAAUGACCGUGACCAUGAGGGACCUUACCCUGAAGGAUUCGGGGAAGUACUGGUGCGGGAUUGACAGACUGGGUUUUGAUGAGUCUUUUGAAGUCUCUCUCAUCGUCUUUCCAGGAAAAAGGGACAGUCCCAUCCCCACUGGCACCUGCUGUCCUUCUACCCCCAACCCCUCCUUCCAGCCUCUUACAGCCACAAGGAGCCUGCAGCCCAAGGCAAAAGCCUGGCAGACUCAGGUCCCAGAACUGAGGAGCUCCCGCCCAGGCAUCUGGCUGGCCCCCACCACAGCAAAGGACUCCAAGGCUGGCAGUGUCUCCAAGGCCAGUGUGUCCAUCCCAAUGGUCCGCAUGAUGGCCCCAGUCUGGGUGCUCUUGUCCCUUCUGCUGGCUGCAGGUCUGAUUGCCUUCGGCAGCCACAUGCUCCAGUGGAGAAAGAAAGGGAACAGCUGGGCGCCUGAAGACGCCAUGAUCAACCUUGCAGCACCUCCUGAGUAUCUUGGUAACCCCAAGCCCUCUGCUGUGCCCUCCACCGAGACCCAGCAACUCGGCCAGACUACAGAGGAAGAGGCAGCCCCUCCCCUGGACUCCGAGGAGGACAAGAUGGCAGCCCCUCCCCUGCAGAUGUCUGCAGAGGAACUGGCCUUCUCCGAGUUCAUCUCUGUGUGA